AUGUCUGAUGAGCUCUCAGUGCUAAAAGUAAAUCGAAUGAUGGAGAUCGCCUUUGAGAACGACCUACCACUCAUCUCCCUGGUCCAAUCAGCCGGCGUCUUCCUACCACAACAAUUUCGAGUCUUCCACAAAGGAGGGCAGCUAUUUCAUGAUCUCGCGGUUCGUACCCAACACGGUAAACCGUCCUGUGCAAUUGUCUUCGGAUCAUCAACUGCAGGUGGCGCAUAUCAUCCCGCCUUAUCGGAUUAUACAAUUUUCGUUGAAAAUCAGGCCCAGGCAUUUCUGGGUGGACCGCCUCUUGUAAAGAUGGCUAUUGGUGAGGAAAUUGAAGCGGAGGAAUUAGGCGGUGCCAAAGUCCAUGCGAUUACGACGGGACUCGCAGAUCAAAUCGCGACCGACGAAUUCGACGCUAUUCAAAAAGCUCGACAAUGGGUUGCUUCACUACAGAUGAGAACUCCACGAGGACUCAAACUGAUUGAACCGCUUGCUCCACGCUAUCCCAUUGAAGACAUACUCUCUCUUGUGAAUCCAGAUAUUCGCAAGCCAUUUGAUAUGUGCGAAGUCAUGCUGCGUCUUGUCGAUGACUCCCGCCUCUCCGUAUUCAAACCGAAAUACGGGCCAAAUAUGAUAACGGCCUGGGCACAUAUCAUGGGAUUUCCUGUCGGAAUUGUUGCCAAUCAGAUUUCUGUCAUCAACCCUAAUGAAGCAGCAAAAGCAGCCCAGUUUAUUCGGAUGUGUAACCAGCAAAAUACUGCCAUUAUAUUCCUGCACAAUGUUACAGGGUUUAUGGUUGGCGCUAAGGCGGAGCAUGCAGGCAUCAUCAAGAUGGGCGCUCAGCUUGUAUCCGCAGUCAGUUGCUCAACAGUCCCCCACAUUUCUAUCAUACUUGGCGCCUCAUACGGAGCCGGCAAUUACGCAAUGUGUGGUCGGUCCUACAAACCCCGUUUUCUAUUUACCUGGCCGACUGGUCGGUGCAGCGUGAUGGGUCCUGACCAACUCUCCGGCGUGAUGGAAAGUGUGCAAAUCGCAAGCGCGAAGUCCAAGGGCCAGACUCUGUCAGCGGAGAAACUUCAAAAGCAAGUGAAAGAGUUCCGUGACCGGGUCCAAAGAGACGCGGAAUGUUACGCGACUAGUUCGAUGCUGAUUGAUGAUGGCAUUAUUGAUCCUAGGGACACCCGUGAUGUACUGGGGAUGUGUUUGGAGGUGGUAACCCUCCAAGAGGUCAAGGGAACGGAAUCGCACCACUUGCUUGCAAGAGUCUAA